ACACAGACACAGAGCGGCUAGCUAGGAAGCCGGCCUUUCUGCUGCCCGGCCGUCACCGAGAAGAAGCUUCGUGCAUGGCCUCCGGCGCGUUGCGUCGCCGUCGAGGCGCUCCGUUCAGGGUCUCGGUUGUCCUUAUCGCCACCGCCCUGGUCCGCCUCGCCGCGUCGGCUGCUGAGAGGACGGCGACGAGCGGCCCGGAGCCGGACUGGCACGUCGUCAGCGUCGCCGCGCUGCUGCCGCCCGCGGCCUGCACGGCGUCCAAGGCAGUGGCAUCAAACUGGUCGGCCCUCCACGUCGUGCACCGGCACGGCCCGUGCUCGCCGCUGCAGGCUCGCAGCGCCCCGCCGCCCCACGCCGAGCUCCUGAACGACGACCAGGCCAGGGUCGACUCCAUACACCGCAAGGUCGCCGCGGCGGCGUCGCCCGCGCUGGAACAAGCCCGUGGCGCGAAGGGCGUGACCCUGCCGGCGCAGCGGGGCAUCUCCCUCGGCACCGGCAACUACGUCGUGUCCGUGGGCCUCGGCACCCCGGCCAGGGACGUGACGGUGGUGUUCGACACCGGCAGCGACCUGUCGUGGGUGCAGUGCACGCCGUGCUCGGACUGCUACGAGCAGAAGGACCCGCUCUUCGACCCGGCGCGGUCCUCGACGUACUCCGCCGUGCCAUGCGCCGCGCCGGAGUGCCAGGGGCUGGACUCGCGGAGCUGCUCGCCCGACAGGAAAUGCCGGUACGAGGUCGUGUACGGCGACCAGUCGCAGACCGACGGCGCCCUGGCGCGCGACACGCUGACGCUGACGCCGUCCGACGCGCUCCCGGGGUUCGUCUUCGGGUGCGGCGAACGGGACACCGGGCUGUUCGGCAGGGCCGACGGGCUCGUCGGGCUCGGCCGCGAGAAGGUGUCGCUGUCGUCCCAAGCGGCGUCCAAGUACGGGGCGGGGUUCUCCUACUGCCUCCCGUCGUCGCCGAGCGCCGCGGGGUACCUGUCCCUCGGCGGGCCGGCGCCGGCGAACGCACGAUUCACGGCGAUGGAGACCCGCCACGACACGCCGUCAUUCUACUACGUCGGCCUCGUCGGUGUCAAGGUCGCCGGGCGGACGGUCAGGGUCUCUCCCAUCGUGUUCGCGGCCGCCGGCACGGUGAUCGACUCGGGGACGGUGAUCACCCGCCUGCCGCCGCGCGCGUACGCGGGGCUCCGGUCCGCGUUCGCGCGCUCCAUGGGCAGGUACGGGUACAAGCGGGCGCCCGCGCUGUCCAUCCUGGACACGUGCUACGACUUCACGGGGCACACGACGGUGCGCAUACCGUCGGUGGCGCUGGUGUUCGCCGGCGGCGCCGCCGUGGGGCUCGACUUCAGCGGGGUGCUGUACGUGGCGAAGGUGGCGCAGGCGUGCCUGGCGUUCGCGCCCAACGGCGACGGCGCGGACGUCGGCAUCCUCGGGAACACGCAGCAGAAGACGCUCGCGGUGGUGUACGACGUCGCCAACAACAAGAUCGGGUUCGGCGCCAACGGCUGCAGCUGAUGGCUGGCCGCUACUUGGUCGAUCGAGCUUAAUCGAUCACCAUUUUUUUUCUCUUCUGAAGUGCGACAUGGAACAUGGAAGAAAUCCAAAUAUAUCAUCGGUAAUGCAAAAUACUGUAUUUUUUUUGCGGGGGACAAAAUACUGUAUUUG